ACUUUCCUCCAAACUUCUCCAAGAUAUUUUAUAACUUUUUCCUCCGACAUAUCUAAGAUAUUUAUUUCAUCAUCACAUCACACAAGAAACCGAACCUUUAACAACCCUUGUUAUUAAAUUCCAACCUCUUCUAAUUUCUAACACCAUCUUAUCAUAAAAAUACCAAUCUUAUACAUAUUUUUAAUUUCAUUUUAUUCCUUCAAAUCUCUUCUAAGUUCUAACAAAAACUUAUUCUUCAUUGCUAUGGAUUCUUCUACGGUGCAAGUACCAGCUAGUAAAACGACGUCGUUUUGGACGGACGAAAAACAUGUUAACUAUCUCAAUACAAUGGAAGCUUCAUUUGUCCGUACAAUGUUUGAAAACAAAAAUUAUUAUUCUUCUUCUUCAUCCAAUCUUAACCGUCAGAUUACUAGAAUUGAUCACCACGGUCAAAUUCUCCGACUUGAUCGAAACCUUCCGGACAGUUCUGAAUCAACUCUUGAUUUGAAACCUCACAAACGGAGGCGCACCAGAAAGUACCAUGCACCCUCAGAUUUGAUGGGUCCCAAAACGAGAAGAACGCGAAGGAGAACAUCUCAGCCGUUCAAUUCAUCACAUGAUCAGGUAGUCCCACAAAUAGAAAAUGAAAGCAAAGGUGCAGCUUAUAAUGGUGAGAGUGAUAAAGGAGCAGAAAAUUAGUACCUCUUAUACCACAAUUAAUGAAUUUAAUCAUCAACAAAAGAUCCAUGUUUAACUUUGUAUUUAACUUAAUCAAAAAGUUAUCAAAAAAUCUUUAUUCAACUCUUAGAAAUAUUAAAAUUAUUAGGUUGGACUUCAUGAUCGAGAUUUGAAUCAUACUCCAUCUACUUUAUAUGUAUGAGUUAUUAAUAACUUAUCAUUUCUCUUAUCUAUUAAAGAAAAAAAUUUCUUACAAAGUUUAUAGUUCUCAUAUAUAU